AGACAGUGUGGUGGAAGCAGGGAUGAUGUUGAUUAUAGGGUGCGUUGGAAGUCUAGAAGGCAACAGGAUUGGUAUACAGAUACACAGCUUGCUUGGCCUGAUAUUAACAUUGCAUCAAAGCUUUGCUUUGGAGGAAUCUGUCUUUACAAGCCAUUUAAUAAAAGCAAAGGAAUCACCGACAAGUGGCUUGCUUCUUCUGUUGCACCGGCUAUUGCUAAUGUAUUUGGGAAUGCAGUUGCUCCAAUCCUUGUUGGUGGCAAGGCAUUACUCUGGGCUUGUUUCAAGCCAGCAAUGCAAGUUGUGGUGCCAGAGGACAUACGUCGAGAUGUUGUUGUUGCUUCUUGGAUUCAAUUGAAUUACAGUCUGCCAGUUGCUGAUACUAGGUUAGAUGGUGAUGUAAAUCCUAUCAAGUGUGUUGAGCUGAUUGCUAAUGAGGUUAGUGGACAGGUCCACUUUGACGAGCUUGCUGAUCUGGAUGAUCUGCUGGAUGGUGGUGGCAAAGGAGCCGCUGGAGCUGCUGGCGGGACUGCACUUGGUAUGACGAGAAGGACGCAGUUGCAAUGGAAUCAUACAAUGUUCUCAAAGCUGUUUGUCACAGCCAAUGAAGUGAGUGAGAUCAAGAAUCAACAGAUUGCAAGUGAAGCUGAGUUCAACCAGAAGCUCAAUAAAGCCAUUGAGUUAUCUCAAAUAGCUCCUGCGAUGGCCCCGGUUGUAAGAAGGAGGCCUCGUGCAUCGAAAAGUGGCACGUCAGAAGCUGCUGGGGGAAUUGAGGGAYUAGCUGGUGAGCUGACUAAGUGUCCUCAUGAUCUUUAUGUCCUGUGGUGGAAUGAAUGGGAAGUUGCUGGUGGUGGUGUUGCUGGUGGUGGUCUUUCUAAUACUACUAAGCCUGCAAAGGAUUUUACUGCUGCUGAGAGAGGUCGUGUGAAGAAGAGCAAGUAGUAUUGCAGGAGGCUGAAGUUCUGCUGGAAGUGUAUGCCGGAAAGACUCAUCAGUGCUGGUGGUUGUACUACUUCUGAAGUUGCUGUUAGAAGAAUUUAUUCAGUGUACGGUGGUCCAACCAAGAGGGUCUCCUAUCAUAUUCUUAAAGCUAUGGGGCCUCACGAGGCCCAUGGAGGCCACUCGUUGCUUUGUGAUCCUGCUGUUGGUGGGGCUUCUUAAUCGUCGACGUCGAUGCUUCUUUGGUACGAAACUGCUAAUUCCUUGUGUUUCCCCCAAAAAGACAAGGUCAAAAAAGUGUUUCGACACGUCAUUGGAUCCAAACACAAACCGUAUUACCACCAAACCGUUACCCAUCAGCAUGCACAGCAGUUGCUAGUACUAUCGUUACGAGUGUGAGUAGAUGUGUUGUAGAAACAAGAAAACACGAUAAACGGAACAACGUAUGCCAAUCGAGUCACAGAACAAACCAUGACAAAGAUUUUGAUACUGUACCGUUCGGUACAGUACCGGUAGGUACGAACGCAUUCGUACGGGUAAAGUACGUUACCCUGGUAGGACCGAUGAUGGACGAUGUGACAACACAACGCUCGACGGAUUGUCGACGGAUUUUUCAUUCUCCGUCGAGGACGAACGAACCCUCAAUUCCCUUCCCACAAACCACGACAAUCGCAACCAGGAACAAACAAAGAACAACAACAACGAAAAGAAAAUGAAGGUGUCUCUCUGUCUCGCACUCGCCGCCACCGCCGCGACACAAUCCAAUGCCCUGACCACCCCCACCGAUCGCAGGGGAGCCUUCGGACAACUGCUGGGUGCCGGAGCCGGAGCCUUCCUGGCCGGUGCCAUGCCCCAGGCGGCUUCCGCCGCUGCCAUCAAGACGGGGGGAGCCAGCCCCUUCACGGGGGAUUACAACGACCCAAACCACCCCGAGUGUCUGCGCCAGGUCAAGGUCGUCGGAGCCCCUCUCAAGGGAGACGGGACCCGAUCUCCGUACCCGGUCAUCGAGGUCGUCGGGUACGACGGCAAGGGCGGCAAGGUCUGUACCGAUCGCCCUACCCGCGAGGACUUGUGGAAGGUCACCGGAACCGUAAAAUCCUCGGACUCUGCCGUGAGUAUAGAAGGUGUUUGGUGUGCCGUGAGGUGCGGUGCUGCUGCCGAAACGCGACCCCGUUGUUCAAACCGCUUGUUUCUCUCGCCCCGCCGUGUGUUUUUUGGUCGUCUCACAAUAUCCUUUUUCGAAUGUAUCCAUCGACGCCGACCCCACGACACGCUUCCAUCCCACGCAUCCCGAUGCGAACGCCGCAAUCGAUCCUGCAGUUUAUCGACUUUUCUCCCAAGGGAGGCCCAGAGAAUCUCGCCGCCAAGUACCAAGAUGGCGGCAUCGUAUUCCCCGACGGCAACAAGUGGACCAAGGUCGCCCGUGGAACUCCUACGAGACGACCGAAGGACAUGUCGACCCUCAAGAGCGAGGAUUAAACUAGUUCAAAUUUAAGCCACAAAACUCUCACUUGCAAACACUCAGUGAGGACGCACAAAUAAAAACCUGUAUUACGA